UCCCGAGGCAGGUUGCAUUGGCCAGACUGGAGAUGCAUUCCCAAGCUCAGAAGAGGCUGUAGAUCUUCAAGACCAGCUUCGGGCCUUCCUUAUGGGGAAUCGGGGGUCAUUUCCAGGGUUCUGACCCAAUCAUAUUACAAACAAGGACCAAUGUUGGACACGUCUUAGCUGUAUCAGAUGGGGCACGGGUUCUCCUGUAUCAGGGCGACGAUAGAUGAGGUGGAAACAGAUGUUGUGGAAAUCGAAGCCAAGCUCGACAAGCUGGUGAAGCUAUGCAGCAAUAUGAUAGACGCCGGCAAGGCCUACAUCGUCACCAACAAGCAUUUUGUCGGCGGCGUCCGGGACCUCUCCCAGCAGUGCAAGAAAGACGAAAUGAUCUCGGAAUGGCUGGAGAAAUUUGGAGACAGCCUGCAGGAGAUGGUCAACUACCACAUGAUCCUUUUUGACCAAGCUCAGAGGUCCGUCCGGCAACAGCUGCACAAUUUUGUGAAAGAUGACGUCCGGAAAUUCAAGGAGACCAAGAAGCAGUUUGAUAAGGUGCGAGAGGACAUGGAAAUUGCCCUGGUCAAGAAUGCCCAGGCUCCACGCCAUAAGCCCCACGAAGUGGAAGAGGCCACCGGCACCUUGACAAUCACCAGGAAAUGCUUCCGGCACCUGGCCCUGGAUUACGUCUUGCAGAUCAACGUACUCCAGGCCAAGAAGAAGUUUGAAAUUCUGGAUGCGAUGCUUUCCUUUAUGCACGCCCAGUAUACCUUUUUCCAGCAAGGUUACAGCCUCCUCCACGAACUGGACCCCUACAUGAAGAAACUGGCCACCGAGCUGGACCAGCUGGUGAUCGACUCCGCAGUGGAGAAGCGGGAAAUGGAGCACAAACACGCACUUAUCCAGCAACGGACCCUUUUGCAGGAUUUCUCCUACGAUGAUUCCAAAGUGGAAUUCAACGUUGAUGCCCCCAACGGGGUGGUGAUGGAAGGCUACCUCUUCAAGAGAGCAAGCAACGCUUUCAAGACCUGGAACCGGAGGUGGUUCUCCAUUCAGAACAGCCAGCUGGUGUACCAGAAGAAGCUAAAGGACGUCCUCACGGUGGUGGUGGAAGACCUCAGACUUUGCACCGUGAAGCCCUGCGAAGAUAUAGAGAGGAGGUUUUGCUUCGAAGUCGUCUCACCCACGAAGAGUUGCAUGCUGCAGGCCGAUUCGGAGAAACUGCGCCAGGCCUGGAUCCAGGCAGUCCAAGCUAGCAUAGCUUCUGCAUACAGAGAGAGUCCCGACAGCUGCUAUAUUGAGAGGCUGGACCGAACUGCCUCCCCUUCCACCAGCAGCAUCGACUCGGCUACCGACUCGAGGGACCGGAGUGCCAAGGGGGAGACCAUCCUGCAGAGGGUGCAGAGCAUCCCGGGCAACGACCAGUGUUGCGACUGCGGGCAGGCCGAUCCCCGAUGGGCUAGCAUCAACUUGGGCAUCUUACUAUGCAUCGAAUGCUCAGGGAUACACAGGAGCCUGGGAGUUCACUGUUCUAAAGUGCGGUCCCUCACGCUAGAUUCCUGGGAGCCAGAAUUACUGAAGUUGAUGUGCGAGUUGGGGAACGCCACCAUGAAUCAGAUAUACGAGGCGCAGUGCGAAGAGCUGGGACUGAAGAAGCCCACCGGAGGGAGCUCAAGGCAAGACAAAGAAGCCUGGAUCAAAGUCAAAUACGUAGAGAAGAAGUUCCUGAAGAAGCUGCCCAGCGCAGAGACCCUGGCUGAGAACGAGAGGAAGCCCCGGCGGUGGAGUGUAAAGAAAUGCCAAAGGCGCAACAGUUCCACAAAAGCCCCCACCGCCCGUAGGAAGUACCGGCACGAGGCAGGGAAUGCAUCGCCGGCAGCACACUCUUCAGCUGCUACCCUGGAGAGGAAGUUCCGCCGCGAUUCCCUCUUCUGCCCCGACGAGCUAGACUCCCUUUUCUCGUACUUCGACACCGGCGCUGGAUCUGGGCCACGCAGUAGCAACCACAUCUCUAUGCAGCAACCCCCGGCAGCCGGCCCCUGGAGUGACAGUGGCAAUGGUCCCGGUAGGAGCGGUUCGCCGUUCCUCCUGGACGGAGGUCUGAGCAGCGACAGUGGGCUCGGGGGCAGCACCGACGGUAGCACCGACGUCCUCGUGUUUGGCUCAGUAGUAGACAGCGUCACAGAGGAGGAAUGCGAGGUGUCAGAAGAGUCCAGCGGAGAAGCCGAAAUCGAGCAAGAGGCUUCUGACCUGGAGGACCUGCGGGAGCUGCACCCCGGCUUACUGGUUUACAAGGCAGCACGGGCCAGGAACCUGCCUGUUAUGGCAGAGGCACUAGCCCAUGGCGCCGACGUCAACUGGGUGAACGACGAAGAUGAGAACAAAACCCCGUUGAUCCAAGCUGUAAUGGGGGGCUCCUUGAUAGCCUGCGAAUUCUUGCUCCAGAAUGGAGCGGAUGUUAACCAAAGAGAUAUCCGAGGGCGUGCACCUCUGCACCACGCAACGUAUUUGGGCCACACUGGUCAGGUCUGCUUGUUCCUGAAGCGGGGAGCCAAUCAGCACGCAGUCGACGAGGAUGGGCAGGACCCUCUCAGCAUCGCGGUCCAGGCCGCCAAUGCGGACAUUGUUACCUUGUUGCGUCUGGCUCGAAUGAACGAAGAGAUGCGUGAAGCCGAGGGUCCCUUUGGUCAUCCAGGAGAUGCCACCUAUCUCGACAUCUUCCGGGAGUUUUCUCACAUGGCGUCAAACAACCCGGAAAAACUCAAUCGCCGUAGCCUCCACUUCAGCCACUCCUACCGAUAGCCACAGCCGCCGGCACUGUCCCUUUGUCUCCUGACGGCAGAGGCUUUGAACUCUGGGGGAAGAGUCAAGACCGCGUGCCACACAGGAAGGCGAAGGGACAGACCUGACUGAACGUCUUAGAACCGGUCCAGCCGAGAUGGGGGCGACUCUACACGGCUCGUAGCUGCUCUGCCGAGAUUCGCUGCAAUUUCGACACCGUUCCUCACUGAGACGAAAUGGCCCUUUCCCUGCUCCCGCAAAAAGUGUGUGAAUAGGCUAGCACAAUCUUGUGAAUAAGCCCUCCAAAGCGCGCAGUUGUUUUUUGCAAGUCGCUUGUAACCAGUUGUGACCUGAACAAAACACAUACCCCAUUUGGUUAAGUGUGCGGACUCUAAUCUGGGAGAACCGGGUUUGAUUCCCCACUCCUCCA